CCCCCCCCUGGUCCCAAAACUUGGAUUUCAACGUUCUUACAAGUGGCGGACGGAGAAAGUCCCUCCGGGCCCCCGGCUUCUUCCUCUCCGUGACUUCCCCAGCUAACGCUCCUUGAGAAUGGGUGACUGGAGUGCUCUGGGUCGUCUGCUGGACAAGGUCCAGGCCUACUCCACUGCCGGUGGCAAGGUCUGGCUGUCGGUCCUCUUCAUCUUCAGGAUCCUGGUCCUGGGCACCGCGGUGGAAUCGGCCUGGGGAGACGAGCAGUCGGCGUUCAAAUGCAACACCCAGCAGCCUGGUUGCGAGAACGUGUGCUACGACAAGUCCUUCCCCAUCUCCCACGUCCGCUUCUGGGUUCUCCAGAUCAUCUUUGUGUCGACGCCCACGCUCCUCUACCUAGCUCACGUCUUCUACCUGAACCGGAAGGAGCAGAAGUUCAACAGGAAGGAGGAGCUGCUCAAGAUCGUACAAAACGACGGCGGCGACGUCGACAUCCCGCUGAAGAAGAUCGAGAUGAAGAAGCUAAAGUAUGGUAUCGAGGAGCACGGCAAAGUGAAGAUGAAAGGGGCCCUGCUCAGAACCUAUAUAGUCAGCAUUUUCUUCAAGUCCAUGUUCGAGGUGGGCUUCCUGGUCAUCCAGUGGUACAUCUACGGGUUCAGCCUCUCUGCGGUCUACACCUGCCAGAGGGACCCGUGCCCACACAGUGUUGACUGUUUCCUGUCACGUCCCACGGAGAAGACCGUGUUCAUCAUCUUCAUGCUGGUGGUCUCCCUGGUGUCCCUGAUGCUCAACGUCAUCGAGCUUUUCUACGUGUUUUUCAAGAGGAUCAAAGAUCGCGUGAAGGGCAGACAGCCGCCCAUCGUCUAUACCAGUGGGGGCACGUUGAGCCCCACCCCUAAAGAUCUGUCCACCACCAAGUACGCCUACUAUAACGGCUGCUCCUCCCCAACAGCGCCGCUCUCGCCCAUGUCCCCCCCGGGCUACAAGCUGGCCACGGGGGAGCGGGGGACCGGCUCGUGCCGCAAUUACAACAAGCAGGCCACCGAGCAGAACUGGGCCAACUACUCCACGGAGCAGCACCGGCUCGGCCAGAAUGGCGGAGGAAGCACUAUUUCAAACUCCCACGCACAAGCCUUUGACUUCCCGGACGACACCCAGGAGCAUAAGAAACUGCCCUCGACGGCGGGACACGAGAUGCAGCCGCUCGCGCUGAUGGACGCCAGGCCCUGUAGCCGGGCCAGCAGCCGGAUGAGCAGCCGACCCAGGCCAGACGACCUGGACGUGUAAGCCCCGCCCCCGCCCCCCCCCUCACCCCCCUCACCCCCCUCCUCCCAGCUCUGCCCUGAAUGACGGGAUGUGCGGCUGCAGCCGGAGAGUGAGGAAACACUCCAUCACAUAGGUUCAGACAGGAGGCGGAGCUAACCUCAAUCACUGUCUUCAGCAUAGAGACUCUUAGUCACUCGAAGAGACGUUAAAACUUGUUAUGUAACACUGUCGAAAGGUACAAGUUGCAAAUAUGUUUUGUUUUUUGUUGUUUUCAAUGACUUUUACCGUAACCUUUUAGGGGAGCUAGCCCAGCGUUGAGAGAACAGAACAGCCACAGGCGAUGAGUCCAACAGAAAACAGAGGAUCGCUCUGGUUUAAGUUGCAAAGGUUACAUUUAAAGGAAAAAGUCCUCUUCUUGUUUUCAUAUUUUCUGCUAUUCUUCCUAUUGGUGACAGCAUUUCUACUUAACCACUGUCAGACCUGAAUUCUGAAGGUGUGGGGACGGCUUCAUAAGAUGGUGCCUUCUUAUUUGUGCUUUUUUUUUUGUAAACAUGUGACAAGAUUAAAUAUCAGUCUUCUCGGCUAACUUCUGUUGAGCAUUGUCCCCGUCAAUUAAAACGAAAAGAAAAGGAAAGUCCAGUAGUAGCAACAAACAAAUCUCCAUACCCACGUCCCAAAUGAUCAACGCCACACAAUUUGGAAAUUUAAAGAGUAAGUUGAGUUAACUAAACUAGUCAACUUCCAGAGUUUAAGCUGACUAUAACAAUUUAGUAAGUCCCCUUUGUGCUUAAAAAAAAAACCCAACACUGUUGGUAGGAGAUAGGAUGUAACCUCUCAGAGAGGAAAAGACCUAAACAUAGAUCACAUUAGCAAAUGAUCCCUUAAUAAAGCUGCGUAUAGCUCACCGAUGAAGCCUUAAACCAGCAGGAAUGAUGGCCAAAAGAAUGAAAUAGGGAAAUAGAACCCAAGUUGUAAUUUUGCAUCACUGACACACACACACACACACACACACACACACACACACACACACACACACGCAGACAUGUUUGCAUUGAAAGAUAGUUCGACGGUCACAUUUUCAUUGAGUUGCUCUUCCAGUGCGCUUGCGUCAUAAAGCUGAUUUCACGGCCGAAUCCACAUUUGUAACACUCUCUCUUCUGUUUGUUUCACUCACACCGUAACUCUCGUAUCCCAGUUCUCGAUUAAUUAAGAAAAAAAAUCACAUUUCAGUCGCAACAAAGACAGGAGUUAUUGUCCGGACAAAGAAUAUGUAAAGUGCUCACCAUUUCGGAGAACACUUAAUAUGUGUUGUAGUGAAUAUUUAUUGCUUGGCAUCCGUAGGACACCUACCACUAAGAGGAACAUUUGACUACUAUCCAGUAUCUCUCACUCACAGAAAACAUCUUCCAUUAACUCCCCCACAAGCUGUAUAUUUAUUGACAGUAAAACAUUUUUUUUUCCUCUUUAGUAACUUUGUCAGUCAGCGUGGACUGUUGUUUCCUGAUAAACUUUGAAUUUAUGUGGUUUCAUGUUUUCAUUUUGUGGUUUUUAUGUGUGUUUGCGAUGGUGGCGGGGCUGAGGGGUUACACUGAUCUGGUUUCACGUGGCUUCCAUAAAGAAAGGCUUUAUUACUGUGGUAUCCUUUUUUUUUCAUCUUUUGCGGCCUGUAGAGAAAAACAGUAGAAAGAUUUAUCUGCGUUUUACAUAUUUGAGUGAAUGAUGACUUUCUUUUCGUUCUGUAGGUAUUGUUUGUUUUUUUCAGACUCAAUGUAACCGUUGCUGCUUGAGAAAUAGAUAUUUAGUACUGUAAAUCAAUCUAACUGUGUCACAAUAAAAAAAAAUGUGAGUUUUUAGAAGACUGCUUAUAGAUCUGGACUAAUAUUUAGUCAGUUAUGUUCAAAUGUAUGCCAAUGUAGCUCCACAACUAUCAAACACUAGGAUAAAUCUCAAUUUGGGCCUUUUUUCCUUUCUUUUUUUUUUGCAAUUUUUAAAUAUAAUUGUCAUUGGUGCAUCAUUUUGUCGGUACUUACAUGUGUCAUGGAUCUGUCAGCUACAAUGGCAUUUGCACUGAGAGCUUGGUGAUGGAGAUGUAAUGUGAUGCACACAGUUAGUGGUAAGAGUUUUCUGAUACACAUGUUACUAAUUUAUUUUAUAACACAGAAAUCACUACAGUGCAUAAUAUCAGACAUCUGACCGCUGGUUCCAUCGACUGGUUCUGUGAGAGAUGUCGCCCAUUGACAGGAACAGGAGCAAUUAGUCAUUUGUUGCCGUAGUUCGAUGCUAAUCCGCGGGGAUCCACUGUUGUACAGUGUAAGUGCAUGAAAGCAAAACAAAAACCCAUUAAUUGUAUCUGUGAAAAGCUAUUUUAACCAAUAAAUAUUUUUUCUGUCUUAA